GUCCUGCGGUCUGGGGCUCGAGCGCUUCAGGCACUCUGACCGUAAACCUUUCCGCGCCCCCUGACCUCGACUGGUGCUCGUCCGAUCAGGUGCUGAUGGCGGACGACCGCCCGACAGUGCUGAUGCCGGGCGAGUGCUUCCGACAUCCCGUCUUGCAUGAUGACGGGUCCGACGCGGGCUCUGUGGUUGGCGUGGUGCGCAGAGUGAUGUCGGACAACCCAGGGGGCACCGCCUACGAAGUGGAAUACUUUGCUGCUGGAGACCAAUACCUGUCAUGGCCCACGGCCGCUCAGGCAGCCGAGCGGCACAUGGCAGUGCUCCAGCACGAGGAGGAUUGCCCCGAGCUGCCGGCUGAUGUCGCUCAGGCCGCCUUAGAUGAGGCUGAGGCCGCUGAGGAGGACGAGGAGCCGCCGCCGAGUCGCGCCGCUUUCGCUGGCCCGGCCAGGAAGCGCCCCGCCGGCGCAGGCAAGGCUGGGGGCGACCUGGUGGAGCUCGACGGCGACGAGGAGGCCGACGAGGCGGACGCGGACGCCUUCGCUGAGCUCGACAGGGAGCUCGCAGCGCUCUCAGGCAAGUCCGAGGGCACGAAGAGCUCGGCGAAGGACGGCUACCUGGAGCGCCUCAACAAGUUGCGGGAGAAGCUCGCGACAGUGCGCGGCCCGGAGGCCGCUGCGGGCGGGGCCACGGCCGCCGCACCCACCAAGAAGGCCAAGCUCGGCGAGGUGGUCCAGGCGAGGAUGACUGGACAGGCGCCGAGUGCUGCCGCUGCUGGUCCAGCAGAUGGCAGUCGUGCUCGCGGCUCAGGCGAGCGGGCAGUGCUGAAGACGCUCGCCGAGUACCUGAGUCAGAAGGGCGACGACGACGACGGCCUGUUUGACAGUGAUGAUGAUCGCGCCCCUGGCGGGCGCCCUGUGGCGGCCCGCCGCCUCGCGUACAAGAAGAUAGCGUUUCUGGACCAUGAUGAUGCUGGAGGUGUGAACAAGCAUAGCCCCGUGGCGCUCAAGUUCUUGCUCCGGGUGCUGAAGCCCGCGCACCCCAUUCGUGAGAUUGAGCUGCGGACGCUCGCGGAGAGUGCGGACCUCAUAGUCUCAGGCAAGCCCAUUCACGCCCUGGACUUCAUCUUCUGCAGGAUCAGGGCUAUCCAGAAGACCAUGCGGGAUGGCCCGAGCCGUGGUGGAAGCCCGGACAGCAGAGCGUUGCCGAUCACCCACAUCGGCAUUGCCUCGGACGCCGCAGAGUUGCGCAGCCGCUCGGGAGUGCAGCCGCCCAGGGAUCGUGCUCCUGCCCUGGAGGCGGGCCGCGCCGAUCCCCCGUCGGGGGGCGGCUUGCCCGCGCUGACAGACCGCCCGGCCCCCCAGGCGGUGGACGGGAAGCCCCUGUCAGCGUGGGCGGCGGCGCGCGCGAAGACUCCGCGUGCCGAGGGGGAGUCCAGGCGGCAGUUGAAGAACAGGAUUGCGUCGCAGUUCUUCAAGCGCCGGGCGUCGGCCAAGAACGCGGCGAAGCCGAGCGAGCCGCAGAGGCGGGUGGCCGCGCUGACGUUGGGCCAGUGGAAGGCGGACAUCGCUUCGCGCAUGUGCCGCAGCGGCCCAAGCCAAAUGACAAUGCUGGAGAUCGGUUUCGGGAUCCUCACAAGUGUCAGGAGAAUACCAAGUUGCAUUGGAGAUUUCGCUAGAAGGUUCCCUGUGGGCGUCGCGCCACAAUCGCCGGAGGCUGGUGUCGGGCGUGAUGUGCUGCCCCUGCCAGUAAGGGAGCCGGCAACCUCUUUCGUCCGGGAACGUGAUCUGAAGAGAAGAGGAAUUUUGGACGGUGAGGGCCCCCCCGUGGAUGUUGCGAAGUGGCCAGCUGCUCUCAAGAAGGAGGCCCAAGCCAUGGCGGUCGAGGUGUGGACUUUCCUGAGCGUGCUGGGCCUGAACUACUUUUACCUUGGGCACCUGAGCAAGGACCGCUGGGAAGCAGCCGGGCGCCUUUCUGAGGUGCAGGCCGCCAGCCUACGUGUGAUCGGUGAGACUGUCGAGUGGCACGUGGGCGACGCGUUGGCGGCGGUGGGCAUCCCGUUCUGGCCUCAGGAGAUGAUGAUGACGAAGUCGAGCUACGAUCUGAAGGAGGACUGUCGGGCGCCCCCCUUGAAGUUCGGCGAGCUUGAGCCCGGCCUUCCCAAAGCCGAAGAUAUCGGCCGCUUGGGCGCGCUGGACUAUGUGGGGCCAGAGCUCAAGGAGGUGCCCACCAAACCCGAGAUGUCGCUCUUGCCGGAGGCCGAGUGUCCCGAGUCGCCUCCGAAGGCAAAGGUCAACGUCGAGAAGCUGGAGGACUGGUGGGCCAUCGCUGCCAAGCUGGUGGAGCGUGGACUGCUGGCCCCAAGACCAGCUGAGCGCAUCUUUGUGGCCCCUGGCCGUCGCGUCACAAAUGGGUUGUUUGCUGUGACAAAGUCGGGGUCCCCAGCUGAGGGAGAGGCCAGAGUGACAUCUUUGAUUUUCAACAUGGCCCCGACGAAUACGUACCUUCGACCGUUGGCAGGGGACUCAGUGACUCUGGUACCCUCGCCGGCGCGGGUAAGCAUCUCCCUUGGCCCCGAGGAGGUGCUGCUCUGGAGUGGGGACGACCAGAAGGGAGCUUUCUUCAUGUGCCGCAUCCCUGCGCCGUGGCUGGGCUACAUGGCGAUCUGCACCCCAGUCCCCGGCCAUGUUCUUGGCAUGAAGGCCAAGGAGGUGUGGCUGGCCAUGACAGUGCUGGCCAUGGGCUGGGUGUACAGCGCCCCCAUUUUCCAGAGCGUCCACCGGCGGGGCCCUCGCGAGUGGUGGAGUGUGUACAUCGACGGCUUCGAUAACUGCGAGACGGUUGGGCGCAAGGAGGCGCUCGCGAAGGUGGGCACUCCUGGCCGCCUGCAGGCCCUGAUGAGGGAGAGCUACCAGCGGAAUGCAAUCCCCAUCAGCGUGGACAAAGCCAACCAGAGGCAGCUCUUGGUCACGCGGAUGGGUGUAGAGGUGGGCGGGAUCUCAGGCAGGGCCGCCAACAAUCGGCAAAAUAACGUGCAGCUGUAUAGCCUUACCAUGUGGCUCCUGACAAGAGAGAACCCCCUCGGGAACCAGCUCCUCAUUCUCAUGGGACGUUGGGUGAGGGCGCUAGAGUUUCGACGUCCUCUCUUCGGGGUGUUCAACUCGGUGUGGGAGCAGAUUGGCUCGGGCCGUACUGUGUUGACCAGGGCCAGCCUGGACGAGCUGAUGCGCAGCUGCCUGCUGAUGCCCCUCGCCUCCACCAACCUGAGGGCCGCUACCACGAGCAUCGUCUCCUGCUCUGACGCCAGCGAGGACGGUGCUGGUAUGUGCACGGCCGUGGGGCUCGCAGAGGGGGCCGCGAAGUUCCUGGCAUCUCUCGGGAGCCCUGAGACCUGGGGCCAUCGCAUUGCCAGCUACACCGGCUCGUGCACGAUCGAGCCGACCAGGAUCGCCCCAGGAGCUCCGCCGCGCGUCAUGUUGGUGAGCUUGGUUGACGGCAUCGGCGGCGCUGCUGUGGCGCUGGUGCGCGCUGGUUUCGACAUCGUAGGCUACAUGAGCAGCGAGGUCGAUAACGGGGCUCGCCGGGUGCUGAGAUCGCGCUGGCCUGGCCUGAUUGAGCUGGGCCCAGUCGGGGAAAUUCGCGACCGACAGCUUGAGGCUCUGGCAAUGUUCCAGGAUCGGAUUCUCGCCGUGGUCGUUGCGGGAGGCAGCCCUUGCCAGGACACGAGCGGUGUGAACGCCGACCGACAGGGCGCACAUGGCGCUAAGAGCGGCCUGUUCAAGCGCAUACCCAAGGUGGUGAGCGCACUGGCUCUCGUCAUGGAGGUUCCUGUCCAUUGGCUCGUGGAAAAUGUACUCUCAAUGAGCGCAGAAUCCCUCCAGGAGUUCUCCCGCAUCCUCCAGACUAGGCCCAUCAGCGUGUGCAACUCCCUCUUUACCGAGAAUAGAAGGCCACGUUUGUACUGGUUGUCUUGGAGAGAGGCGGUCCUCAAGUUCCCCGGGGCGCACGUGGAGCCCAAGGCCAACUACGACCUCAUCGGGGCGCUCCAGGUCCCGAAGGCUCCUGCUGGCUCUUGGGUUGCCGCAGGGUGCUCCAGGGCCUCGGACAAGGGCCCAGUCUGCACGUUUCUCCAGCGGCGUGAGAAGACUGUCCCGUGCAAGCCUGCAGGUUUAUCGACAGCGAGCCCAGAGGCCAUCCAGAGGUGGACCCAGGACCUGCACGCGUACCCUCCGUACCAGUACGAGCUAGUUUACAUGAUUCGGGACCCCAAGGGGGACUUGAGGCCCUUGUGUGCCACGGAGAAGGAGGUGCUCAUGGGGUUCCCUCGCCACUACUCGUCGUGCGUAGCCAGCUCGGGCUCCAGCCGUGGCAGCGUUGAGAAAGAUCGCUGCAGCCUCUUGGGGAAAGCGUUCGCCUGCUGCGUCGUUAGCUGGCUGUUCCUCGGUCUGAAGUGCCAGUUGGGCUGGCCCGUCAGGGCGACUGACCUCGAGGGGGUCGCGAGCGAGUUGGAGGUAAAGGACUUGCUCGACGAGUCGGUGGAGUUCUCGAGGGACCCCAUCAAGGAUACCUCCAUCGGCCGCAAGCUGGUCGAGAUUUUCUGGACGAUUGCCGAGAAGCCGGGGGGUGACAUCCGCCUCGACAUCGGUGUGCCUUUCCGCCCCAAGGCGUGGCCGCGAUCCUCGAUCGACCCGGCGCUGUGGCGCCGGCGGCCGACGCUGUCCUUUCCGUGGCCGAAGUCGUCGAGGGAGCUGCAUAUCAACGCGCUCGAGUUGAAGGCGGUGAACGCUUCCUUGCGGCACAGGGCGCACAGUGUGAAGCUGUCCUCGCUCAACGACGUGGACAAAAGCCUCAGCUUGUACAUGGAAGCGUGCUGGGCAGAGCUGGAGCCGCUUUACCCGGUGGUCAAUGCGACAGCGGCUUUGCAGUGGAUGAUGCCCUCCCUGAAGGGCAACCUGCAGCAGAGUUGGAGCCUGGUGCGAGCGUGGGAGAGACAGUGCACGCCCAGUCGGGCGACACCGUUCACGGCCGACGUAGCCUUAGCCUUGGCAGCUGCAGCGUGGGACCUCGGCUGGGAAGGUCUGGCGGCCGUGAUCCUCGUCGGUUUCGACGCGUUCAUGCGCACAGGCGAGCUGCUGGCUCUCAGACGGCGGCACAUCCUUGUCAAAGGUGAGCGGGCAGUUAUUCACAUCGAGGCCUCGAAGAUGGUUCGGAGGAAGUUGUCUUGGUUGCUUCAGAUGUUCGACCUUCAG